CAGAAACGACAAGGUCAUUCCUGGCGACAUUGCUCAGAUGUUAACAGUUGGCCUAUAAUCACACUGUAUCUCCAUCUUUUUUUAUGAACUACAUCACACUUCUAUCCUAGCAAGUUACUCAGUUUUGCACGUGUCUCUGGUGAAAACGUCCUAUGUUUAGUUCAUUGACUGCCGAUAAAUCCAGUGGCUUAUUUGCUGGAAUAUCAGAGACAUCUAGUGCGAAUUUGUUUCAAGUCUUGUCCACAGCAGAUAGUAAAGCUUCCAAUGUGGGACUCUUUGGUGCUGUAACAUCAUCUACAACGGGGUUCGGGAUCAAUCUUGGGUUACCAACAUACGGAUUUCAAUCACCUUACGUAAGUGGGGAGGAAAAUGUCAAACCAGGAAACUUGUUUGAGUCUUCUGGGGGAUACAAUAAUCUCCAGAAAGACCAAGAAAAUGAAACUUUUGUGGCGAAUAUAUAUACGAAUGAUGAUAUGCUGAGUAGCGAUUUCGAUUCUUCAAAAACUAAUACUGAUGUAAAGGGUUCAAAUUCGAAUGAUUUACAAAAUGUUGACCAUAUGUAUUGGCCUGCAGUUAAAUUAUCUCGUCUUCCGAUUGGAUGCAAUACAAAGUGUUAUCUUCAAAAUCAGUUUCAACGUUUCGGUCAUAUUGAACGAAUUAUUUGUCAACCGUCUAUGGAUGCUGCUUACGUAGCUUUCGAUUCGCUGUCGUCUGCGCAGCGAGCUAAACGGUCAGGUCGUGAAUCUGUCUUACCUGGCGAUGGUGGUUUACCCAGCUCAGUUCUUCUAACAAUGGCACGAAUUCGCUGUCACCCCACUUCAGGUUCAUCAUCAAUAUCUCCGAAAUUAGCUUCCAACAGUAGUGGAAGUAUGAAGUCACACUUCACUUCCAUACGUCCAUCUGGCUUAAAAAGACCUAUUUUAUCGCAUUUACAUUCAAAGCCAGUUCUGAGUAAAAAGCAUGUUUCUAACCUGAGUGCUUCAAGUAGUGAUGAGUUGGCUGUUACUUUGAGUUCUACAGUUACUGAGAAUUUAUCGUCAUCAUCAUCACCAUCAUCAUCGUCUCAGUUAGUUUGCAGUACACCGCCAAUUAUAUCUCCUAUUUCACUAUCUAAUACAUCUACAUAUAACAACAGUUUGUUCAGUCAAAAAUCUAUUUUUGCUACCACAUUAGAUGAACGACUGUGUUUAUUGCAAGAGUGUUAUAAACGUGAUUGUGAUUUGAGGUCAUCAUCUAAAUCUGUUGAUUCCAAUAUUCAAUAUUCAGAUGUAGGCAACACUGAUGAACCAGUUCAUCAUGCACCCAUUAAAGGCACAUGUGAAGACAUGUGCCCUGAAUUGGAACGUUAUUUACGGGCUGUCCAUCAGCGUGUAUCU